GGCGGAUAUUUGUCGGUUUAGCUGGACGUUUCUGUACGCACGGUGUACCGGUGUGUCGUGUGAUAGUUCACUAAGGGGGGUAAAGGUGAAAAUUCCAUACUUGAAGCUAAGACGGUCCCUGGAGUAGGACGACAAGAAGAAAAAAAACCGUUGCGAUCAGCGUAUUAGUUAUCGCUAGAUCGUCCCAAAAUAUUGAUCUUGAUCCUCGUAUCCGCAUGCGAGAGCUAAAGUGAGCCCCACAGUGCAGGCGGAAGGAAUUUCGGUCUGCGGUGGAUUUUCGCCAAUUUCGUUGCGUGUUGCGGCAGUGAGUGGUCGCUAAAGAAUUUCGCUACGCCACGCUGCCUUCCCAUUUCCCAAAAGGGCGGACAUCAGAGGGAGCCGGUUUGGUGCGGGACGGUGUUGAGCGUGGUAUAAUUAAUCGUAGCAUUUGAAAUACUUGUGCGCUUUUGCUUCGUGAAUUCUAGUGCUUUCGUGUCGCGCCGUGGGUUGCCACGUCGGUUGUGUGUGCGUGUGCGUGUGUUUAGGCGUGUUAAGUGACUUUAAUCGAAACCGAAACCGGGUGCCGGGUGCGUGCGGCUUCAACUUCAACACAAAACGGCAGACAAAAUGUCGGACCUGGACGAUAUGAGCAACUUCGAUGCGUGGUUGGAGAAGGACUUUCUCAGCAAAAUCAACCGCCUCGAGACGGAGCUCGAGGAUCUGAAGGAUAAGAAAAACAAUCUCGACAAGGAUCUGAAGAAAAAGACGAUCGAGUGUGAUAUCCUGCGGGCGAAGGUCGGGAAGCUCGAGCAGGUGCCCUCGAACAAUGCGGCCUCUAACGAAAAGAUCGAAAUCCUCGAGAAGGAGCUGAAGCGCAAGACGAUGGAGCUGGACAUACUGCGCUCGAAGCUGUCGCAGGCCGAAACGAACCCACAGGCCUCGCUCGACCUGACCGAGCGUGUGAAGCAGCUCGAGAAGGAGCUGAAGAAGCGCAUCAUCGAGAACGGUAUACUGCGGGGCAAGCUGACGGAGGUCGAGAGUGAGCCGCAGACACCGGAAGCGCAGGAGAAGCUCGACGAGCUGGUGCGCGGCCUGCAGCGCACCGAGAGUGUGGUGCUGCGCGAGAAGGUGAAGGAGCUGGAGGGUGACUCGGAAGCGUCCGAGCGCAACGGUGAGCUGGAGCGCGAGCUGAAGAAGAAGAACAUUGAGAGCGAUAUACUGCGCUCGAAGCUGAAGCAGUUCGAAAACACGCCCUCGAACGCACAGGAAGCCAACGAGCGGAUGCGCGAUCUGGAGAAGCAGGUCAAGAAGUACCAGAUCGAGGCGGACAUUCUGCGGGCGAAGGUGAGCCAGCUGGAGAGCGAUGCGGCGACGCGUGAGGACGAAGAAUCGACCGAGCGGAUCGAGGAGCUGGAGAAGGGGCUGAAGAAAAGCACCACCGAGGGCAACAUGCUGCGGGCAAAGAUGCAAAUGUUUGAGAAGGAGUCGACGGCAACGCAGGACUCGAACAGCGAGCAGAUCGAGGAGCUGCGCAAGGGGCUGAAGAAGAGCACGACCGAGAGCCAAAUACUGCGCUCGAAGCUGACCGAGAUGGAGAGCAAACAGGUGCACAGCGGGGCGAGCAGCUACAAGAUCGAAACGCUCGAGCAGGAGCUCAAGAAGAAAAACAUCGAGAACGACAUCCUGCGGUCGAAGGUGGAGCAGCUGGAGCGCGUACCGCUGGCGGACAGCCCGGCCAACGAGAAGAUCGAGGAGCUGCAGAAGGAAAUCCGCAAUCUGAAGAUCCAGAACGACAUUCUCAAAUCGAAGCUGAACCAGGCGGAGGACGAACCGACCACCACGCAGGAAUCGACCGAUCGCAUCAGCGAGCUGGAGAACGAGCUGAAGAAGCGCAUGAUCGAGAGCGACAUCCUGCGGGCGAAGGUGACUCAACUGGAGUGCGAGCUGUCUCCGACCAAGAACUCGAACGAGCGGAUAGAGGAUCUGGAGAGCGAGCUGAAGAAGAAGACGCUCGAGAACGACAUCCUCAAGUCGAAGGUGAGCCAGCUGGAGGGCGAAGUGAUUGCGCACUCCGGUGGCAGCAAGGCGGACCCGAACGAGAUCAAGAAGCUGAAGGAAAAGCACGAGGAGGUGAUGAACAAGGCUAAGGAGCUGUUGUUCGAGCGCACCAAGACGGUCAAGACGCAGGACAUGCAGAUCCGGGCGCUGCAGAAUCAGAUAGAAAACAUCAAGGAGGUGGUGGCAGUCACCAAGGACAUGCUGAACAUCCGGAACAUGGAGCACGAGCAGCUGCAGACGCGGUUCGAGAACAUUGACUGCAAGAUGAAGGCAGAGCGGGAGCGGCAGACGCUGCUCGAGAAGAAGCUGAGCGUCUCGCAAAAGAUGUACAAUGAUCUGCGGGAAGAGUACACGACACAGCUCGAGCUCUUCAAGUAGUACUAGCAGCACUAAUACUAAUACUACACACCAUUACAACAAUCACUACACCAUCUCUACCCAAACGGCACACAAGACGCUGCAGUUCAUACGCACGCGUGCGCGGUGCAUCUUUUAGGAGGAAAUUCAAUUUUGGUUAAUGCACUUCAGGUGUGGAAUGCAACUGAAGUGUGUGUAUUUUACGCCAUUUUUUCAGUACCGUAUCGAAUGCUUUCUUUGGCAUAUUGCCGGUGUCUGCGUCAUCCUUUAAUUUUGAACUGUUAAAAUGCUGAGAGCGAUCAACGAUCUUGCUUUAAGAAUAGUCACUAAUUUGAUUGAUAUUUUGUAUACUGUCUCGGAAAAGCACAUUAAGUUUAAUGCAAAUUUAUACAUAUAUGUUAUUUAAAAAAAGUCAAAAACCCUAUUGUUUGUCUCCUGCUUCUUCUUCUAUUUGGCGGACAUGCCGCCGGCCUAUAUAGGCGGCAUUCGAGAAUUAAUUCAUUACCACACGCAGCCGGAUAAAAUCAAGUCCUUGUUACGGCGAGACGGUCCAUUCUAGGCUUGAACCCAUGAGACGGGGAUGUUAUUGAGUCGUUCGAGUUGAGGACUGUACCACGGGACACGCCCCUGUUAUUUGUACACUGUUGUAAAUGACAUGUUGUAAAUUUAUUUGUUCAUUAUUGUGCUAUUUAUUGAGUUCGUUUCAUUAUGUGUGUAUUGCAUUAGUGUAUCUCUUGUCCAUCUUGUUGCUCUAUUUAUCGUUUAAGGUUUCCCAAUCUAUGUAGAAAAGAGGGGUUUGGGUUACAUACCGUCGAUUCAUUGUUGUACCAUAAUCAUUCACACAUGAUUCAUCAAAUUAUAACUAAACGAAACAUAACAGAUAAAGCAUUAGAAAAUACGCUUGCUUCCGUCUAUCGUAGCACGGAAUCGUAGUCCUUCCUUUUCAAGCUAUUACCCACACAGUUGUUCAUGUAGCAUUUACGAACUUUAUAUUUGAUAAUAAUUUAAAAAGAAUCUGAUCCAAAAACCCAAAAUUAUUACGACCAAAGCCAAAUGCCAACAGCGAAUGAAACUCGAAACCCCGAAUGGAAAAAAACAUACCCGCUUUUUUAAGAAGAUCA